CCUGCUUUCUAGUAAACUCGGCAUUUUACGAUAUCUUGUGCAAUGGAAGGAGUGUUUCUCGUGAUUCAUCGUGUGCCAACCAGUUCAUUAAUCACGGGAAUGUGGCCGAUAUCUAAAUUGGUUCUAGCCAACAUGGCUUUGUAAAUACAACAAGUGCAUUCAAUUUUUGAUGAUAUUUUUAAAUUAUAAAAAUGAAUGCUAUCAUAGCUGUGUGUCACUUCUGUGAACUCCAUGGCCCAAGAAUUGUAUAUUGCACACAAUCUUUCCAUCCACAAGAACACAGAGCUGUAGAUGAUGAGGAUGCAUUGUCUGAUGUCAGUGCUGGUCAUCUACACAACCGGUCAAAAGCCAUAAGACAUGGUUCUUUUUCUUCUACUGAUAGUGCUGCUGUGACAAGUAUGAAGACAGAUCUUUGUGAAGGCUGUUAUUCAGUCAAAACUGGAUUUGUUAGUCACGAUGAUGAAGUUCCUAUUAGUUAUGUGAGCAGCCAACAUCCACACCACCCCAAAGUUUUUAGUAUGGUACGACAAGCUUGUCUGCGAAGUCUUAGUUGUGAGGUGUGUCCCGGUCGAGAAGGUCCUAUUUUCUUUGGUGAUAAACAACAAGGCAAUGUUCUCAGUUACACUUUCUAUAUCCAAGAUAAUCAAGCUCGUGGAUUUAAACGUUGGUAUAGCAUCAUCAUUGUUAUGAUGGACAAAUUAUAUUUGUUGAACUCUUGGUCUUUCCUUGUACCAAAUUUACAACUUGUUAUCAAGCAACUACAAAUGAAAGCAGAAAAGGUCUACACUGAAGAACAGACAAGAUGUCCGCAGAAAGGCUACAGAGAUAGUAUUUACCCAGCAAGCUUCCGGUUUCAACGAGGUGGUAACAAGCCAGCUCGAUCAUUGAAGGAAUUAACAGAUGAUAAACAUAUUUUCAAAAUGUUACAUGUAUCGUUUGUGUGGAUCCUUAAAGCUUGCGUUAACCGAAUAACUGAAACCUCUCUAGAAGCCCCUCCUACAGAAGAUGCUAUUCUGGAUACAGAGAGAUUAGAAGAAACUGAAGAAGGCUUUAUAAAACUCUACAUGAGGAAAUCCAGUCCAGACAAAGAAAAUCCAGACAUUGAUUCAAUGGAUGCCGACCCAGAUCAGCCGAGAUUUUAUAAUUUACAAAAUGUUAUGCAGGUGCUUGGUUAUUUAAACUUUCACACAGUGGCCCAUCAUAUUGUCAUAGGGAACCAGUUAAUUGUCAAGGGUGCAGAGAAACAGCUUGUCAAGUCAAUGUUAGAAGUCUUGAAGGGUUUAUUACCAAAAGGUUGUUGUAAAAUAAUUCCUUACAGUGAAAAGUAUGAAGAAUCUUGGCGCUGCAACUUUUUAGGAGUCCCUCUUGGAGUUUUGUUACCUAACCAUAUUCUAAACUCAGAACAGUUCCUUUUAAUAGAGAUUCUCAGUCCUGAAGAGGGACCACAAGAUCUCAAUAGCUAUGAGUUCAAAAUCAGUAGCCAUGUUAUCCUGCCAGAUAAAGCUCCUAAGGUACUAAUCCGUAUGGAACUUGCACUAAGAAAUACAAAUCUAUGCUAUGAAGUUAUUGAACAAUGCUUAAUUUGUUUAAAAGAAGAAUGGAUGAACAAAGUAAAGGUUCUAUUCAAGUUCACCAAAGCUGGUGGCAGCCGAUCAGAAGACGACAUGAAGAAACUUCUGCAAGUGGUUGGUGCCAAAGAAGAAGACAAACAGUUGCUAAAGUUCUGGAUGACUGGUUUAAGUGUUCAAUACCGUAACCACAUUUUGUCCACAUCAAUGAAUAUGAACAUGGUUCCUCCUUAAACUGAUGCCAUCGUCACAGUUCCAAAAUUCUUCUCCCUCUUUUUCUUGUACAUAAACACUUGUGUGUGUAUGUAUGUAUGUAUAUAUAUACAUACAUACAUAU